AGUGCAGCAGAACGUUGUGGUAUACGGGAAGGACAGAUUGUCAUCUCUAUUAAUGGUGUGAACACUCUAGAGUUAGCUCAUGAUGAAAUAAUACAGUUAGUUCAGAAAAGUCAGUCUGUAGUAAAAGUUGAAGUGGCCUACAGUGAUUUUACUCCAGUACGAGAUAUACAACAAACUAUCAUGUCUGGUUACAUGUUAAAACUAGGUACCUCCACCCUGGUUAAAAUGUGGAAGAAACGAUACUUCGUCUUACGACAAGAUAACUGUCUCUAUUAUUAUAAGAACGAACAGGUA